AUGACUCCUACUGCGUCGACAUCGAUACCACCACAUGCAACGUCUGGCAGCUUAUCAUCUGCAUUGACUACGGUUCUUGAGAAUGCACGCCAGGAAGCCGUCAAGACACACAGAUAUUCAUCUGAGGAAACGUGGCCGAAGCAAAUCGUUGAGAUGUUUGCCCAGGUGUUUAACGGUUGCCCUGGGUCCCCUGCGCUGUCUCCUCCACUGCGCCUCAUCUGGGACCGUCCGUCGCCACUGAAUUCGAUCGUCCCCGCGCGUCCGCCAGACGUGGAGAAGCAGGCGGUCUUGAUUGCAUAUAUGGCCAUUCGUUUCGCCCGUACCCCACGCACGUUGGGAUGGCGGUGGCACCUGCGGAGUGCAAGGCAGACACACUUGGCUUGCGGAUGUGGCGCGUCCGGGCACCCAGGCUUGCGUCGAGGGCGCAGACUCGAGGCGCAGGAGACUGGUCGCAGCGGACGUGCGCGCCUCGCCGCAUUCCGCGCGUAUUCAUCCGCGGCUUAG